CGACCCCUAUAUGUAUUGACCAUAGCACUUCAUAUCUAAUAGUUAGGGGAUUCCGACAUACGCUAAAAAGUUGGAUAAUGAUUUUUUAUGUCUGUUAGUGAGGAAAUGUUAUCUCUAAUCAAUAUUCAAAUGGACAUAAAAAUCAAAAAGUUCAUAGGAAAACUUUUUUUAAGGUAUUGGAUAUCAAGAUGCAAGCUUUGGUGAAUCAACAUGGUCUCUUAUUCAUACUGUCUUGUAAAUCUAAUAGAAAUAAGGUGAUGAAAGUUGACACGUUUGAUAGUCUUGCUUAGGGGUGGGAAACGGUGCGGUCUGGUCCAGACCAGACCAUAGAUACGGUCUGUGGUCCAGACCAAGAGGUUGGAAUACAGACUAUGGACCAGACCAUAUACUAUACGGUCCAGACCAGACCACACCUGUGCGGUGCGGUCCGGUAUGGUCUGGACCAGACAGACCAUGUUAAAAAAAAAUUAACUCUUGUUCGCCCUCCAACCCUUCGCUGGUAUCUAUAAAAAUAAAAAUUCUAGUGACCAAUAUGCUAUUGAAACAAAAAAAUUGUGAUCGUAAUUAAAUGAGAAGAAAUAUGAGGAUAUAAGUGGGGUUUUUACAAUUUUCAAACACACACACACACACCAAACGGUCUUGUUUCCCUAUUCCUCUUUGUGCUGCCGCUUCUCUCCUCUCUCGAGUGAUCCGAAGGUUCUCCCGGUUGAUAACAUUUGUGAUGAUGUCGCGGUAAUUUUAAACCACUAAGAUGGUCACGUAUCUCUCAAUAAUUUUUCUUAUCUCAUCAAGGUGAACAAAUUUUUUUAUAUCGUUUAAUUUUUAUCGACUCCAUAGUCUAGACAUUGUCUCUGAAUAUUAUUUAUGAGUCUUUCUGGUUUUUGUGUGGUUCUUUGAUAAGGAGAUAACACAUAAGCGAUCAUUUGGCAAUUUGUUGGCUCUCAACUAGAUGAAGAAUCAACUAACUUUGUUCUUCAAAUACACAAAUGGAAGUUCAAUUAGUGUUAUUUUUAUCCGAGUUAGUAGGUAAUGUGUCGCGGUCUAUUACGGUUUACUGCGGUAGACCGCGGUCCAGACCACUUCAGACCACGCACUAAAGGAGGAGACCACAAACCAGACCAGACCAUAGUUCUGGUCUCGCGGUCCAGACCAAACCAUACGAUACGGUCUAGACCGCGGUUUCCCAUACGGUUUGGUCUAGAUUCCCAGCCCUAGUCUUGCUGAUAAGUUCACUAAGGCGAUUCCUUAAGUUAUUGGUAGUCCAUAUCCCUAUGUUCUUAAAGGGAGGGGAGGAAGGAAAGUGAGAUUUUUUAAAAGAUUUCCUUAGUUCCCGAAGCUACCAACGGUGGCAGGGAAAGAAAAUAGGAAAGAACAUCUCGUGUUCAACUCGACCCUCGGAUUUGGAAGGAAAACUUCCUCCCCCCAACACUCUCUUUUUUUUCUUUCCCCGUUUGUCAUUUCUCUUUCCUUGUUUAAUGAUAAUAAAUAAAUAUUAGUAAGUGAGAUUAAGUGAGUUCAUUUUAUUUGUUUAUAAUAAAAUUAAUUCUUUUCUCUUUCCUUAAAUUAAAGGUUUUAGUAAUUAAAACUAAUGGAAGUAGUAAGUGCUCAACGUUGUUUAUUUAACAAUUGCUGUUUAUGGUUAAACAUAAUUAGGAACAGAUAAUUACAAUUAGUAGUUGUAGGCAAAUAUAAUCACGGAAGGUCUUACUUGAUAACUAAAAACCAAAUUUUGGCUAAAAAUUAAGUUUUUUAAUGCUUCGUAAUCACAAAACCAUUACCAUAAGAAAAGGCUAGGGAUUUCUCUUAGAACGAUUUUAGGGGUUUUUACUGAAACUUGCAGAAAGAAAGACGAAGAGAAAAAGAGCUACCAGGAGAAGAGACUUGACGAAAGACAGCUAGUGAGCUGAUCGUCUUUCUCCUUAUGAAAGGAAUGGCCUUGAUUAACACAAAGCCCAACAACUAGAAUAACUAAAGAAGCAAAAUAAUUAAACGAAAACCAAAGUGACUAAUGGGCUAAAGCCCACAGCAACCGGUCUUGACUCUUGCAGUUGCAGAUGCAAGGAAACUCGUCUUCUCCACCGAGAGCAGAGCAAUGUUAGAACUGAAACAGAGGAAGAGAUGAGAAAACAGAGUGCAAGCAGAGAAAAGAAAGAACACACGAUGUUUAACAAGAUUCCCAAACUACUGGUCAGUAUAUCAGGAGAUAUUUCAAAUUAUCGUCAAAACUCAAACCGACGACUAUGAAUGUCAAAGUGGAUCGACAAGGUUUAGAGGAAAUUAUCAUCAAGUUUAGUUUAAUCAUUAAUGUCAAUGUGUGUUUAGAUUUUAGUUUGAAUUAAUGUUUUUAUCUUUGUAGUCUCCAAAUGCUAGCUUGCAUAUGUAUGUUUUUAUCUUCUAGUGCAAAGCUUUUGUCUAUUUAAACCCAAGUAUGAAUGAGAAACAUCCAAGGCUUAGGGUUUCAUUUCCCCCAACUCAUCUUUGUUGUUAUGGUAUCAGAGCAUCUAGAUCCUAAAGAACCCUAAAACCUUCUACCCACAAAAAUAGUACAUAUCAGAAAAUUUUCAGAUGUAAACCCUAAAAAAAAAAUUGUUCUUCUCCAUUCCCAUCUGUUCCCUACCCAAAUCUCUCCUCGUCGUCAAAAAAAAAUUCCGCCAUCACCAUCUCAAAUCUUUUCCCAUCUUCCGAGAGCAAGAAACCCACAAAUCCCUUCUACCUUCCGCCAAACCAUUCCACCGCAAAAUCAUCGCCAUUGUUCUUACUUCCCCGAUCGGAAACCCCAAUACCCAAAGUCCCCAAAUCUCAUUUCUCACAUCCAUCUUCCGCUGCAAAUCAACACCAUCCUUUCCCCAUCCCUUCCCCAAAUCUCACUGACCCACCAACACCCACAAAUCCCCUCCUUCCGAAAAACCCAGAUCCACAACCGGCAGAUCCGACUUCGUCGCCGGAGUGUGAGAAUCAACCAGUUCCUCAUUCGUAGCCGCCCUCGAGCACCGGAAGAAGAAGGCGAUGAAGCUGCUAAAGACCAGAGGAAUCUCCCUCGCCAUCGACAAUCUUCUCCUGCUUUGAUAUGAACCAACGAUGCUAGAUCCCACUGUAGCUCAGCAGCCUGCUCCUGCGUCGACGUCGUGUACGGCAAUCUUCUUCAACUCGCGCAACAGAGGCGAGGACCACACGACGGAGAGAAGACCUAGAGGCAAAAAUCGUAUUGAACCGACGAAGAAACCGACUGUGAAAAAGCCACAGAAGAUCAAACCGGUCAAGGACGAUAGUGUUGAAGUUUUUCACAGAGCUCCACAACCGAAAACAGAGGAAUCGGGUGCUGCUCUGUUCAGAGGCAAGUCCAGGUCUCCAUCUCCAGCAAUCAACAGCUUUGACAUAAGCCGUCUCCGUUUUAAGCUUAAGGAUCGAAAAUUUAUUCGGAAGGAAGGUAACAAUCUUGAACCCAAAGUGCAAUUGAUCGAUUGAAUGACCAGCAGAAAGAUGCCGAGAAUGAAGUGGUUGGUCUUGAACAAGUUAGAGAUUUUGUUUGGAUGAAGUUCAUUAUCAGGAGAUAUUUCAAAUUAUCGUCAAAACUCAAACCGGCGACCAUGAAUGUCAAAGUGGAUCGACAAGGUUUAGAGGAAAUCAUCAUCAUCAAGUUUAGUUUAAUGUCAAUGUGUGUUUAGAUUUUAGUUUGAAUUAAUGUUUUAUCUUUGUAGUCUCCAAAUACUAGCUUGCACAUGUUGUCUUGUAGUGCAAAAGGUUUUGCCUAUUUAAAUCCACGUAUAAAUGAGAAACACCCAAGGCUUAGGGUUUCAUUUCCCCCAACUCAUCUUUGUUGUUACACUACUCGUCCCAAAAUCAUUACCACUGAUUUAUAGGAGACUCUUUUUAUUUAUUUUACCUAUCAAGCGGAAUAAACAAAACGUAAAUAA